UGGGAAAGCACUGAUUUUUAUAUUUACUUUCUUCAUAUAUAUAUGCUUUCACGCAUCACGAAAGCCAAUAAGUGUAGUUAAAUCAGCGUUGCAUUUAAAUUGCACCGAAGAUGCUAUACAGAAGCAUCUACCUAUUCCUUUGGAGAAUUCCACUGAAUGCUGUUGGAAGCCGUUUGAUCAACCUAAUUACGAUAGCCUUUAUGGAACCUUAGACCUAGCCUUUCUAUUAUCAUAUGCAAUAAGUAUGUUUUUCAGUGGUCACAUUGCAGAGCGGAUGGACUUGCGCAUUUAUUUAGGCCUUGGAUGCUUGAUGUGUGCUUUGACAACAGCAGCUUUCGGAAUGGGCUACUUUUGGGAAGUACAUGCCUAUUCUUAUUAUCUCAUGGUUCAGAUUCUUGGAGGAGUCUUUCAGGCUACUGGCUGGCCAGCUGUCGUCACAUGCAUGGGAAAUUGGUUUGGAAAAUCCAGAUCAAUGAUGUCAAUAUUUGGGGCAAAUAUUGACUUAGCUGUUAUAUCUUUUACAUGUUGA